CCACAUCAGUACCUCUAGCUCCAUGAUGAUAUUAUCUUUCUGGAAAAAGUAGAAAGGUAAAUAGAAAAUAAUAGCUAACCAACAUCCCUCGAACCCAACUUCUUCCCUACACACAAAAUGCUCCCAAUCGCUAUCCAUACCCUACAAUCACUCGUCGCCCUAGCGGUCAUCGGCUGCUCUGCAGCUAAACUGUCAGAGGAAGCACCCAGCGGAUAUGCUCUGGCUAUGUUUACGGCCAUCGCUACGAUCCUCGCGACUAUAUACAUCAUAACCACAUCGUUUAUAGCAAAGAGUCUCUUUAAACUCUGGUCUGCCGUCGCGUGCAAUGUCAUUACUUUGAUACUAUGGGUGAUAACGAUCGCGGUCUUGGUGGAUGAAAAUCGCCCGGGAUGUGGUGGGCAUAGAAAUCAUGGAUGUUACAGGAAGCGCUAUGAAAAGGGGGUUGAUGGUAUUUGGGCUGCGACGCUGGCAUUGUGUGCUCUUGAAGGGUGAAUAUUAUUUGUUAUUCAACGUGAUUUGUGAUGACUUGCUGAUUGGGGGAAUUUGCAGGGCGCUUUCGGUUAUUGGAUGCGGUGUUCUUUGUGGUUCUCGCAGAUUUUGAACAGUGUAUUGGGGGCUUUCAGU